AUGAAGGUACCCAAGAUCUGGCUCCCUGAGACCGACGGCUGCAACAACAAGCUCUGGGACGCGGGAAACGAGGUGAUUGAUGAUUAUAUCCGCAAAAGAAGUGCAGAGUACGUCGAGCAACACCGUGAUAAACUGCCGCCGGGCGCGCACGAGUUCGACCCCAGUAAGACGGUGCGUCUGGCGAUAUUGCGCAAGAAUUCGCCGCAAAAUCUGCUCUUGCUGCCGCCGGGGCUAUUGCCGGAAGAUGGUGGGACUUUGAAGGUUAAGGCUUGGUGCGAGGAGGAUAUCAAUAACAUCCCGGAUAUUCCGGUCGAUAUUGAUAGCUGGGGUAUUAUCGGGGAAAGAAAAUCGAUAUAG